CGCUCCCGAGGUAGACAAUAGAAGCUAACGGCCCAAGAGUGCUAAUUCCGCCAUUAUACUCAGUCCUGAGAAAAAUUGUCCUGAACCUUUAUCUGAUGUUUAUUCUGCGGAUAUAGUCUUUAACAUUCACUCUAGAUAUCAUCUCAUAUAUCCAGCUCAUUCUUCUUUCGCGCCAUUUAUGAGUGAUGGAAGGUCAAUGUUCGGAAGAAGUCGUAAUUCCGGACAUAACCGAUCCUCUGGCGAACAAAACCGAAAGCAACGAAAAUGAAUCUUCGGAAGCCCACGGAACUCAAUCUAGAGUGUCGGUGGCUUCAGUGGAAGAUGUUUCUGUCACACCUUCGGUUCCUGUGGGAUCUUUGAUUAACGUUUCUGCUGGCGGGGCUUCUUUUAACGUCAUAACACCUGAGCAAUUACAGAUUACUAGUUCAGGAGGUUUGAGGCCAAUUCUAUGUGUGGAAAACAGUUGUAUAUGUGACAAUCAUCCUGACAAAGAGGGUGAUUCAGGCCACCGUACUGCUCAGUGGUUUAGAAGUGAGGAUGUUCUAAAGGCGACACAUAUAGUCAUUGAAAAUAAUGAUGACUCUGGCAUCCCCAAUAAUGCUUCAUGGUUGGCUUCAGCUAGUCAGCCAAUCAUUCCUGUUAGGUGCAAGAAUACAAGUGGAGAGCUUUACAAAUCCAGAUUUGGUUCUGGAGGUCGAGGUCGUUGCAUCAAGCUUGGAAAUAGUUGGUAUACCCCAAGUGAAUUUGAAGCUGUUUGUGGGAGAGCAUCCAGUAAAGAUUGGAAGAGGAGCAUUAGAUUUGGUGGUCGAAGCUUGCAGUCCCUGAUUGAUGGUGGUAUACUUACUCCUCAUGCUACAAGUUGUACUUGUGCUGCCUGCUGUGAUGAUGAACGUGCGAUGGGGCCUGUUCGUCUUUUCACCCCAUAUAAAAGGAAACGAAGGAAAGAAAACGAAGAUGGAAACAUAAGAAAAACUAAAAAAGAUGAGGGUAAUAGAGAUAUGUGUGAUGGCAUCAAUGGAGAUGAGAGCUGUGAUUCUAAUGGUUCAGAACUUAUUAUUUACUUUCGCUCCUAUUAUCAUUUACUGAAUAUAAAUCUUAUAAAGUUAAAUUUAUUCACAGAAUUGGAUACGUCCCAAGAAGUUGUUACAACGAGCAUGACUAAUGCUGGGACAGUAGUCAAUUCUAAUGCUAAUGGUAAUGGCCAUCAGGUGACAGAUGAUUCUAAUGCAUCUUUUCCUGGACCUCUUUCAGAAUUACUAGCUCGUCUUGACAAGACAUCUAGCAAAAUUUUGAAAAUGGCAUUACAACUACGCAAAGAUGUGGAUGAACUGAAAGGACAGUGGAAGACUGAGAGGAACCAUUUGCAGCUGGAGCAUAAGAGGGACAAAGAAGAGGCUGUCCUUACUGCGCGAGUUGAAGCUCAAGUUGCUUGUUCUAGGGCUGUAUUUGAUUCCACUGUUCAUGUUGUUGAUCCUAAUUCAACAGUAGGACUGCAACCCUCUGAAGAUAACAAUGAUAAUAAAAAGUGUGCGAAUUGCAAUAGGGAUGCCUAUGCUGAAUGUUCGCUCUGCCGUAGAACUCCUUACUGUUCCACCUUUUGCCAGAGGAAAGAUUGGUCCAGCCAUCAAGUGGAAUGUGUACGGAGUGCAACUAAUGAACAGGGUUCGAUCAUGUUGAUUGUUGAAAGUGCCUCUGAGCCCAUCAUCGGGGUCCAAGAGUAAUCUCAACAAUGCAUGUCUUUUGUACAUAUUUAUUUGAUUUUGAUUUCCUUUUAUAAAUAACAUGUUCAUAGUUUUAUUAAAUCUGUUUUAAUUUCAUACUGAAUAGGGCUUUGUUAUU